AUGGAGGCCUACGACUGCGCCGCGCUGCUGCUCAUCGGCCCAACGGGACCCGUGAACUUUGGCUGCGAGUGCGCCGAGCGGCAGCUGCCACACUACAUCUCGCGAAUCAACUACGCGGCGCUGCAGAAACUGAAGGAUGUACUCGGCCUGGACAGCGCCGAUGACAUCAUUGCUGCCGCCCAGGCAGCCGCCCUGGCGGCCGCCGCCGAGGCCAGCAGCGGAAACGGCGAAGACGACGACCGCGGCAGCGGCGCAGCGGCGAGCUCCGAGCCGCCGCCCAAGCGCGCUGCGUCGGCCUCGGCACGCGCGGCGCGCACAAGCUCCGGGGGCGGCGGCGGCCGCCGCGGCGGCGGCGCGCGUGCGGCGGCGGCGGCGCAGAUCACCCAGAUCGCGGCGUCGAGGUAG